AUGAAAUUACACAAGCUUUGCCUCUCUCUCUCUUUGCCUGCUGUGCAGCUUCUCGCGUUCUCCCCUUCUCUCUGGCUGCCUCCGCACACUCCCUCCCCGCACGCUUUGCGGCCAGGGUGGGGGAGGCAGGGAUGCAGGUAAGACAGGCAGCACUGGGCUCCCUCCCAGCCCUGGGCUCCCUCGGCUGGGAUCCCCAGGGCUGCAUCAUUGGCAUGCUGCGCCUGGCAGGACUGCAUCACUGCUAGAGAGAUGCCAGCGCGGAGCAUCGCUGCACCGCACGCCACGCUGCGCCGCGCAGGCAGCACCGCCGGCAACUUGGGGAGCCCCAGUACCUGGAUGCAGGCGCAGUGGGAUGAUCGGCUUGGCUUGCAGAGCAUUUACUUCUAAUCUCCGGCUUGUGACAUCCUAGCAGAAAGGGGUGACCCUUUCAGAAGCAGCUCCAGGGGCUAGAAAGAGGGGAAAUGGCUGGUGAACGGCUGUGGUGAAAUAUUUCCUAGUUCUGGACGUGACCUUCACCGCCACAAUGAAUCAGAAAAAACCUGUCAAAUCCUUCUAGCUGCCUGGCUGUGCAAUUUGCUGUUCCCUUGCUAUUCACCAGACUGCAGCUCUUCCUACCCAAAGCACAGAAGAAGCCAGCAAGUCACAAAUGACAGCUGAAAAGUGAAGCAUUAUCAAAAACUGUGUGAGACUGUCAACGAGAAACUUUAUAUAGUAAUUCUCCUUCUGAGCCUGGGAAACUGUGUAUCCCAUCAGUUGCAAAGAACAUAGAGAAGAUAUGUUCAAGUAACCAAUACCAGAAAUUGCACAAAUCAAUAUAGAUAUUAUAGUAUCUACACGCAGUGAUCUAGAGCAUUCAGAAAUCUCCAUUCAGAAUGGAGGAUGGAUAUAAAAACACAAACCUCUAUCAAGGGGGCAGGGAGGCAAACCAAGUCUCAGAUGACUACAGGUACCAGGAUGGUAACUACGAAGGGUAUGCGCCCAAUGAUGGCUACUACCGUGGCGGGGAUGAGCCCGCUCAGGAAGAAGAUGCUCAGAGUGACGUUACAGAAGGUCAUGAUGAAGAUGAUGAGGUCUAUGAGGGAGAGUACCAAGGGAUCCCACACCCAGAUGACAUUAAAGAAAAGCAGAAGAAGCGAGCUCCUGCUGUGGCUGAUGAGUACAGAGACCGUGCUGAUCUUAUGGCAGAGAGGAUGGAGGACGAGGAGCAACUUGCUCACCAGUAUGAGAACAUCAUUGAGGAGUGUGGCCACGGACGCUUCCAGUGGACCCUCUUCUUUGUUUUAGGGUUGGCACUGAUGGCAGAUGGGGUGGAAGUGUUUGUGGUUGGAUUUGUUCUUCCCAGUGCUGAGAAGGAUAUGUGCUUAUCCAGUUCAAACAAAGGGAUGCUAGGCUUGAUAGUCUACUUAGGAAUGAUGGCAGGGGCUGUCGUGCUGGGAGGCCUUGCUGAUAAACUGGGAAGAAAGAAAUGCCUCACCAUAUCACUUGCCAUCAAUGCUGCCUUCGCGUUCCUCUCCUCCUUCGUCCAAGGAUACGGAUUCUUUCUCUUCUGCCGCCUUAUCUCGGGCCUCGGUAUUGGGGGUACCCUCCCCAUCGUGUUUGCCUAUUUCUCUGAAUUCCUAUCUCGUGAGAAGAGGGGGGAACACCUGAGCUGGCUUUGCAUGUUCUGGAUGAUUGGUGGCAUUUUUGCUUCAGCAAUGGCCUGGAGCAUCAUCCCACAUUACGGCUGGGGGUUCAGUAUGGGAACCCAGUACCACUUCCACAGCUGGAGAGUCUUUGUGCUUGUCUGCUCCCUGCCCUGCGUCGCCUCCCUGGUGGCACUGAAAUUCAUGCCUGAAAGCCCGCGGUUUUUGCUGGAGAUAGGUAAACAUGAUGAAGCCUGGAUGAUCCUCAAGCAAGUUCAUGACACCAACAUGCGGGCCAAGGGUGAGCCAGAGAGGGUGUUUACGGUUUCCUAUAUCAAAACUCCAAAGCAAGUAGAUGAAUUUAUUGAAAUCCAGAGCUCAACAGGGACCUGGUACCAGCGGUGGCUGGUCAGAAUCACGACUACUUUCAAACAGGUCUGGGACAACGUGCUAUAUUGUUUAACAGCCCAGUACAGGAUGAACACACUGAUGCUGGCUGUGGUUUGGUUUACAAUGGCCUUAAGUUACUACGGCCUUAUCGUCUGGUUCCCUGAUAUGAUCCGGUAUCUCCAAGAAGAGGCAUAUGAAUCCCGAGUGAAGAUAUUUGAUGAGGAGGAAGUCUCACACUUCACCUUUAACUUCACCCUGGAAAACCAGAUCCAUAGAAAUGGGGAAUACAGAAAUGAUAAAUUUAUUGGCAUGAAAUUCAAGGAAGUAAGAUUUGAGGAUUCAUUAUUUGAGGAAUGCUACUUCGAAGAUGUGACAUCCAGCGAGACCUUCUUCGAAAACUGCACCAUCAUCUCUACUGUCUUUUAUAAUACUGAUCUCUACGAACACAAAUUCAUCAACUGUAGGCUCAUAAACAGCACGUUUCUGAAGGAGAAGGAAGGCUGCCAUCUCGACUUUGAGGAGGACAAUGAUUUCCUGAUCUACCUGGUCAGCUUCCUGGGCAGCCUGUCUGUGCUGCCGGGCAACAUCAUCUCUGCGCUGCUCAUGGACAAAAUCGGGAGAAUAAAGAUGAUCGGUGGCUCGAUGUUGAUCUCAGCAGUGUGCUGCUUCUUCCUUUUUUUCGGCAACAGCGAGUCGGCAAUGAUUGGCUGGCAGUGCCUCUUCUGCGGGGCCAGCAUCGCUGCCUGGAACGCCCUGGACGUGAUCACUGUGGAGCUAUAUCCCACUGACAAAAGGGCAACGGCCUUUGGCAUCCUCAAUGGGCUUUGCAAGUUUGGUGCCAUCCUGGGGAACUCAAUCUUUGCCUCUUUCGUAGGGAUAACUAAGGUGGUUCCCAUCCUUCUGGCUUCCUCUGCUCUGGUUGGAGGUGGCCUGCUCGCCUUGCGCCUGCCAGAGACUCGAGAACAGGUCCUGAUGUGAGCAACUGAGGCCAGGGGGGCCGGGGGGGCAGGCGUAGAAGAAGAACAAAAAAGAGCCAUGUUUGGAACAAUCAAAAUGUCCAUCGCUGUCCUGUUUUGUUGAUACCUCAAAGAGAGAUGGCAGAGGGAAAGAAGAGCCCAAAGG